UUUAAACCAAUGGGACUAGCCCCCGCUCCUCCGUAACCAAACCCACUUUCUCAUUCGGCGUCUGGAGCUGCCUGCUUUUGCCCUCACCUUCCUGCGUGUCCCGGCGUUUUAAACCCAAACACAAGAAAGAGGAAGACUACACAGCGCGCACAUGGGACAACAUAAGAUUUUUUUCAUUCCUGCACGUCGCACGGUGGUUUAUAUAUGAGGAGGACACUUUGGGAUGCGGACAUAAACAAGCGUCUCCACGGAGAGAAGUGCAUGAGGAAACAACGCCGCCGGUGCUCUCCAACGCCGAGGACUCCUCCCCACUUCGGCCGUGACACCCCCGGUAAAUCGCUGAGAAAGGCUAACAGUCUGUUUUUUUUACCGUAAAGACGAAAGCCAAAAUAUAACACUGUCAUUCAUCUGCCAGCGACUGACAGACUGUAUGGCUUUAAAAAGUUGCCUGGAGAACAUGGACAUCUGACGUGCGCCACAGGGCGUCAUUGGACACAUUGAGCCUCUCUCGUUUCUCCAUCACAUCUUGGACUGAUUAAUCCCCUGCUUUGGGUUUGUAAUAAGAAGUGUUCAGCAGUUGCCAUUUGGCCUGACACAGAGUAGCUCCUGGCAGAAGGGGACCGUUAUUCCACUGAACAAGACACUGUCUGGUGUUCUGCGCAUUUGUAUGUGCUGAUCUCACUGUUUGUGCUUUAGAGAGAGAUUUUGUUAGCCCACCACGGAAUUGUCCAUCAGAGCUGACAUCCUGCAUGAAAUAAAGCCUGUAGUUCAUCUGGAUCCCCGUCCAGCAUCAGAGAGAAACCGUGACGCGCUGGUUUUGCAACUUUACAUCUCAGUCACCUGAACAAGUGUCAUCUUAGGUGUCCCCCUUUAAUGCACACGGUCUCUACUUUCGCUUCGCGUUUUCUAUGUUGUGCGCAUUUGUAUUUGCUCAACAAACACGAACUGCACCAGAAACACACGGCUACAUGUGAAUGAGACUCACAGCCUCUCCCGGUUGCAGCGCCCGUAUAACUCGACUGAUUGACCUACGCUGAAGAGGAAUACGUUCCGAAGUUUUGCUGUAGUGAUGCUGCAAGUGGAAAUGGUCCUCUUUGUCUGCCUGGUGCUGUUGAUGUGUGUUUUUAGCCAGGAGCCCAGCUCCAAAGUGGUGGCCGACCGCUACGCCGUCUUCUGGAACCGGACCAACACCAAGUUCCAUCGUGGGGACUACCACAUUGAUGUGUGCAUAAAUGACUACUUGGAUGUCUACUGUCCUCACUACGAAGACACAGUGCCUGAGGAGCGGACAGAGCGCUACGUCCUCUACAUGGUCAACUAUGAUGGCUACAGCACAUGCGACCACACUGCCAAGGGCUUCAAACGCUGGGAGUGCAACAGACCACACUCCCCGAAUGGACCGCUCAAGUUUUCAGAGAAGUUCCAGCUCUUCACUCCUUUUUCCUUGGGCUUUGAAUUCCGACCGGGCAGAGAAUAUUACUACAUCUCUUCCACCAUCGCUGAGAAUGGGAGGAAAACAUGCCUAAAGCUCAAAGUUUUCGUCCGACCAUCAAACAGCUGUGUGAAAACUAUAGGCGUACAUGACCGUGUUUUUGAUGUAAACGACAAAGUAGAAAACACAUUAGAACCACGAGAUGAUACCAGCCAUGAACCAGCUGAGCCUUCCCGAAGUGAAACAAAUGCUGCAUCACAUCUGCAGAAAACAAGUCCGCUCCUGGCUUUGUUGCUUGUCUGCCUUGCAGCACUCUCCUCAUUAUAGCGCCUCCCUCUGUCCUGGAGGGCAUUUACACCUAGCGUGGCCUGAAUCUGCCCAAGGCUGCAGGGAAGGGGUGGGAUUUGGGUGCAGCACCUUCGCUUGAUUGGGCAUCAGAACAGGCUCUUCAAGGAACCCUCUAUUUUUUUGAGAAAAUAUUUAAGUGGUCUUUCUCCAUCUGUGAGUGAAAAAAGUUGAUGUUGGAAGUGGGAGAGACCAUUCUCUCUCUUAAACCUUCAACUAAGAUGCCAAAUCUCGUUUUUUGACACUUAGUGAUUCUUAUUUUCCCUUUACAUCACAUUUAUCUCAUUGCAGCACUGUUUAUCCACACACACACAUACAUUGCUUACAGAGUCAGAUACAAAAAUGCCUCUACACUAACUGUCAACAGCCGUAGGGUUUUUACAAAGUUGUAUACAGUAGCAGCAUUACACAGUAGAAAAGUGCAGAUACUAGGUCUUAGAAAUGACUGUACAUACCCAAAUUAAUAGUUGUCCCAAGACCUCUCAAAAAGCCUUUCAGAAAAUAUUUUGAUCAUGGGUCAUACAUACUUGGAAGUGCAGUACAAAUCUGAAAGAUGAAGAUUUAGGAAAAUAUGAGGUCAGUCUGGAAACUAAAGCAGCGAUAAAUACAUACUGUACAUGGCAUGCUCGUUAGGUUGCUGAUCAUCAGACUGUCCUGGGUUAAGAUCGUGCUCAAUAUUCUGUUGAAUAUUAAGUGUGUAUAGGUAAAUAAGCUACUUAGGGUUUGAGCAAGUGAUUCUAAAACUUAGGGGAAAAUGCUCCUUUGUGUAGAUCAUGGCAGCCUGAUCAGCAAAACACCUUUCAAAGCUUUUGAUUCACUCAGAUUCACAAAACAGCUAAACUGAAUUUUUCUCACCAGACACUUUGUCGACUGCUAUCAAGAUGAAGGAUCGAUGUCUUUUGAAAGUCGAUCUCAAAAUUUCACACCUACAGUCACAGUCAUUUCAUGCAAGUGUUUAGUGAGCUGGGCAGCAAUUGUUGUCUCUGAUCUAUCUGAGUAUGUGUCAAUAUUAAAACAUUUGCAUUCGUUGUCUUCACUGUUAAUUGUUAAAGUGACUGUUUAAAAAAAUAUUCACAGCUAAACUGGACACUUUAUUUUCUCUAAACCUAUAAGUUAUUUUACUUGGAAGUGAUGUCUCCAAACAUUGUCUUUCGCAUUGCUGACACUGUAAACUUUGUUUUUUGUGCUGCCUGAGAUCCACUUAAAUAAGAAAAGUUUGAGUUUGUGGGAAAGUGUUUAAAAAGACACUUCAUUUCACAGCACCUUAAUUUUUUCCACACUUUUUUCCCCCUUAAACAUAACUACAGCUUUGACUUCAUGUUCAUCAAAUGAUAGUUAGCUGGUUCUCACAUUCACUUUACAGCAGCAUUUAGAGCAGCAUUUAAAGCAUUUACUGAUGCGCUGCACAAAUUAGUUAACACUGUGUGAAAAUAGAAACUAUCUAUCAAUUCAAGGCAAUGCACAGCUCUGUUUAGUCUAACCAGGUUUAUGCUGGCGCUUAUAUUCAUAGGAAGUCACUGUGUUAUAAUGAUAUUCUGCUUUCUAUAGCUCCCCACAGAUGUAAACGGCCAGUUAUGUCCUUUUUUUUAAACAGAUAGGUUUGUUUCUUUGCUUUCAAAAAAUAUGGGCAUAUAGAGAAAUUAACUUACUACCUUUCAGAGCCAGGUUUUGCAUGAAAAAUAGGUCACCAAUUGGUUUGUUAAGACAGACAGAGAGAUAAAAAAUGCAAGAAAUGGAGCACAUGAGCAAUGGCAUGCCCACCUUCAGCUCCUAGUGUUACUGGUUUAAGUGACUCUUUAAUGAGGUUCAAAAUGACAGGCAUGUGGACCCCAUGUUGUGGCAAGGGAAGUUAUUUCUGGUAUUAAAAAUAGAAGGUAGAAGGCUUGGGGGGUCUCGGGAGGUGGGUUUAGAUUUCCACUGUUGGGAGGAGCGCCAGUGACCUUGCAGUUUGAAAGAAGCGAAGGUGGUGGUAAGAAUUAAAGGGAGAGACACAGACAUAGAAAGGCAUGGAGUGACUAGAGUGCCUAAAAAAUAAUAAAACAAGACAGAACAGCUUAAAAUCCCGGCACUACUGGAUUACACUACCUGAUUCAACUACAAACGUACUCUAUUGUUCAGUACCAUUCAGUCUCAAAAGGCAUGCAAUGCUUUGCUUUGUUUUCAUUUUUGUGGCUGCAUUUUUCAGCUUUUUUUUCCCAAGAAAGACUGCCUUUGCUAUUUGUUUUUUGUGCUACAGCAACAAUGCUAUUACAGCAGAAUAGCAGCUCAGCUAUGGGGGGUAAUAGGAGACAAGGCCAUUUAAUGAGGUACUAAUUUUCAGGCAAACACCACAGGGAAUGAGCACUGCAUACGAUUCAAAAUGGACACUUGUCAGCAGAUUAACACUAGACCAGAAGAUCAGAAACCAGCUUCAAUUAUACUCUUAUAAUUAGCAGUGCUACUAUUUGUCAUUAUUGCUAUUAUUACCAUGAUUUAUUCUAUACACACCUUAACCUGGGAAGUGAGGAUCAACUUAUAAACUGGAUACUGUGUAUCCUGAGGUAGUCAAACAUAAAACAUGUAGUGUUAGGUUAGUAUCUGUUUUGUACCUUUCUUGAGGACAAAAGAAAAAAAUGAGAUAAAUCAUUGUUAAAACUGUAUAAUUAUUAUUAUUGUUAUGAUGAUAAUUAUAACUAUUAUUAUUAGGGAAACUUCUUGAUGUAAAUAGUGUUUGAUAUUAAAGUAUUAAUUUGGUUCUUAUGUCUUUUCUAAAAAAUGAAUAGGGUAUUAUCUCUGGGUUUUGCUGAGUGUGUACUGUCCUCAAACAAUGCAUUGUGUGCUUUGAUCCUCAAUGCCUAAUGAAACUUUGAGCUAAUACGAAGGAGAAACCCCUGUGGGAGCUGUACAUGUACUAGUGUACAGAAGGCUGGACAUUAGCCAACGAGUGGCUCACCCGUUACACGUUUCAAACCAGUCACCAACUUUCAUCACCUCUUCUCAUAAGGAUCCUGCCCUGGAAAAAAAAACAUUUGGGACUUAAUAGAUGGCUUAAUUGUACUUUUUUUGUUUUUAGUGCUUUAAAGCAUGUUGAUCAGCUCAAAGAUCAGCCAUGAGAUGACUGUUGGCUUUUUAAUCGAAGGAUCUCGCCAGUUUCUUUAUGUGGCAUGCGCAUGAACUUGGUGAUAUGUUAAAAAAAGUCUAAAGUUUUAAAAAGGUUUUCUUUUGCUCUUAUUUUUUUUCUUUAAGAUGUAAUAGAUUUGCUGAUCACUUUCAUGUGUGUUUUUGCAUCCCCAUUUGAGUGAUGUCAUUAGGCUGUGCAGUGACAAAUGUACACAACACAAACCAUUGUGAAGUUACAGUGGGGGUAGGUCAUUUCGUAAUCUAAAGGCAAUUUUUAAUUUUCAUUUCCUAAGAAUGACUCUUUCGGUAUCCAUCUACUGAAUUCAUCCUAUGCAGCUGCAGUCUGUCUCUUCUCAUUAUUCAUCCUCUUUCUGCUCUCCCAAGAGGAGGUGUUUCGAAGUGUAUACAUCAAUCCAUGGAUGUUCUUGAGUGUGAAAAAAUGUGUGAGACCUUUGAGUUUGUGUGUGUCUCAUUUGCUGUUGCCGCAGUGAAUGGGAAGCGGCAACCCUCUUUGGCAACGAAGAGUGUUUCCCAUGCCUUAGCCCUUCAGCCUCUACCCUGGCGGCCCCGUAUACAAGACGCUCUCUGCCAUUGUGCUUUUACACGGAACGGCUGCUGGCGUCGAAGCGACUACAACAGGGCCCUUCACUUCCUCUCCCUUUUUAACAACCCUGAAUCACUUGUCCCUGUGGUAGACAUUGGUCUUGGGCACAGUUUAAGGAUUAUUGCAUCACGUCCACCCCUACCAAAUCCCAAACUGGAUUGUUAGUAGGGUAAAGCCUAUCAUCAAUCCAGGUUCUGUGCUUAUGGGCAAAGCCUCUCUUCAUCAGCUCCCCACCUGCUGAUGAGCCACUUGUUCAUUUAGGGCACCUGUCCUGUCCCAUUCUUCUUGUGCUUGUACAUAUAACCUCCACCACACCACCUGCUGUCCUUCCCUUAUCUUUGAAACCCACUCCCACGUUGCCAUCAGUGGGGAAUCUUUCCAACCUGCUCUUUUACAGUAUAUAAACAAGAACAAAAACUUUGACAAAAAUGUUCUGUAUUUGUAUAUACACGUGUCUGAGCAACUAUGAGUA